AUGCUGAGGUUCAGUGGUAGGCUGCGCCCUUUGGCCGCCGCUGCGGCGGAGUUCGGCGGUGCUUCUUCGGGUCACCUCAGAUUCCUCUCUUCUCGUGGCGUUUUGCCUCAUCUGCGCGAGCGUGCGCCUUUCCCCCUCGCCCGAUCCGUCCUUUUUGAGCCUCCCCCCGCGGGGUCUUCUCGGAGACAAUGGGAGGAGCUGAUUCGUCCUAUGAUUUUCUCUCCAUUCCAGGUGAUCCUUUCCCAUCCUCUCAGAUACUUCCGAAGUUGCUUGAUUCGCCCUUCUGUGGGAUGUUGGCUUGUCGAUCGUCUUCACUAGCGGUAUGAUUGUUAGUGACAUUGGGGAAUGUGGUCUUGCAGUUGUUCCAGAAGAGAGGCCUUGCUUCCAAGGAGCGGCGGUCCAGGGCACCGGCCACCCCUGUGACUUCCAAGGUGAAGAAAUACAAGAUAAAAGGAUACUCGUACGUUACCCCUCUCUCUCUCUCUCUCUCUCUCUCUCUCUCUCUCUCUCUCUCUCUCUCUUCCAGCCUUUUUUUCUGUCUUACUCUGUUGUUGAGUUUUUAUCAAUCAAUACUAUGUUCUCAGUAUUUUUUCUCCGUGGACUUAUAUUAUAUCAUGGUUUUACUUUCUGUGCAGAUCAUUCAAGUCGAGAUUUAGGACACUGAAUGAUGGCAAUAUCCGGCGAUGGAGGGCAGGCAAGAGGCAUAAUGCUCAUCUGAAGGUACUGGGGUGUUGAAAUUUCCAAAGCAGCCCUGCUCAGUUGACUUUUCUUCCUCCUAUUUCAUAAAUCUAAUUAUUUUUUGAGCUACUUUUUAAUCUUGGAAUGUGGGUUUCCUUCUCUACUCAUUUUUUUCUAACUUUAGAUCAAUAUUUCUUCUGCGUCCAUGAAAAACCCCUUGCAUGAUGCUCCUGCUGCUUCUUUCAAUGCAUGGCAGUAUUUUGAGAAGUAAUUGCCACUUUGAUUGAUUUCCUCGUCGUCAUUAUUUUUCUGGAGAUUUUCAUCUUUCAUGGCCACCAUUCAUCAGUCUCAGAAUCAUAGUCUGAUAAUGAUUCAUUAGGUAAAAAGUUACAAACCCUAAUCUUCAUCUUCCAUCGGAUCUGAAUUGAUUUCAGUCAAGCUUGUGAACUCGAGAAAAAUCAAUCUAUUUUACCUUUAUCUGUAAUUAACUAAAUUUUUUUAACUUUAAAGUCAGUAGAAAUUAAUUUUUUUUGUGGGUAUGACUGAUUGCUAUGCCCUGGCUGAGAGAUUCUAUGCAGCUGCCUAGGUUGAUGAUCUUGCUUUUAUAAAAUAAUAUUCUUUAUAAUCUACUAUGUCUCAAUUAAUUGGAGUCAAAUCUUGCGAGAAAAAAAGAGAGUAUAUUUUUAUCUGUUCAUGAGAUGCCCUAUAUUGUUUAAUCUGCGCAAUCCAUUUUUCCAAAAAUAGUAAUUGAUCAGUCAUUAAUUACUACCUCUUCAUGAGCUGAGUAGCUGUUCUCACCCAUAAUUUUCAUCCAAAAACAUUGAAACCCAGAUGAUCGAUCAUUCAAGUUCAUCCGAUAGAUGGGUAAGAUUUUAAGGUAGAUGCCCUGGCAGGAGAGAUUCCUCUCUUACUAAUCAUACUAUGAUUAUGAUUAUGAUUAUGGUUAUGAUUACCUGGACUUUUAUGGUUGACAUCGAUCAUUCAAGUUCAUCUGAUAGAUGAGCAAGAUUCUUACUAAUCAUGUUAUGAUUAUGAUUACGUGGAUGCUUAUGGUUGACUUUGAGAAACCCAGAUGAUUUACAGAGGGCAUGAUGUUUGAUGCAGUCGAAGAAGGCGAAGAGGAGGCUGAGGAGGCCCGAGGUGGUGACUAAAGCCUAUGCCAAGGUGAUGAAGAAGCUCCAUUUCUGUGCUUGA